AUGGCCUCCCAAACCCCCGCCGUUGUCAUGGACAACGGAACCGGCUUCUCGAAACUUGGUUUCGCCGGAAAUGAUGCCCCUUCGUUCGUUUUCCCCACGGCCAUUGCCAUGAAAAGUGCUGGUGGCGGCGCAGCAGGAACAGGCUCGGGAAGACCAGCUGUUGCAAACAAACCUUCAUAUCUCACAGGUGGUGCCGGACCCAGUUCCAACUUGGCCGGCAAACGGGGUACAGAAGAUCUCGACUUUUUCAUCGGAGAUGAAGCACUUGCUGCGUCGGCUGGUCCUGGCUACAGCAUAAACUAUCCCAUCAGACACGGUCAGAUCGAGAAUUGGGACUACAUGGAACGUUUCUGGUCAAAUUCCAUCUUCAAAUACUUGAGAGUUGAGCCAGAAGAUCACUAUUUUCUCCUGACAGAGCCCCCUCUUAACCCCCCUGAAAACCGCGAGAAUACCGCCGAGAUCAUGUUCGAGUCGUUCAACUGCGCGGGUCUCUACAUUGCCGUACAGGCGGUUCUUGCUUUGGCCGCCUCGUGGACAUCUUCAAAAGUGACCGAUCGCUCGCUGACUGGGACCGUCAUCGAUUCCGGAGAUGGUGUCACCCAUAUCAUUCCUGUCGCCGAAGGGUACGUUAUUGGUUCCUCAAUCAAGAGCAUACCGAUUGCCGGGCGGGAUAUCACAUAUUUCGUGCAGAGCCUGCUGCGAGACAGAGGAGAGCCCGACAGCAGUCUAAAGACAGCCGAGAAAGUCAAGGAGGAAUACUGUUACGUCUGCCCUGACAUUGUCAAAGAGUUCGCACGGUACGACAAAGAACCCGAUCGAUUUCUCAAACACACUGUCACCCAACCAAAUGGCCGGUCCAUCACCAUUGACGUUGGUUACGAGCGGUUCCUUGCUCCCGAGAUCUUCUUCAAUCCUGAAAUCUAUUCUUCUGAUUUUCUCACUCCUCUGCCAACUGUGGUCGAUGGAGUCAUCCAGUCAUCCCCGAUAGACGUCCGAAGAGGCCUCUACAAGAACAUUGUCCUGUCUGGCGGUUCGACCCUGUACAAGGAUUUCGGCCGGAGAUUGCAGCGAGAUAUCAGACACUUGGUGGAUGCCCGCAUCAGAGCAUCUGAGGCCCGGAGCGGUGGGGCGAAGAGUGGUGGCUUGGAGGUUCAAGUUGUCACCCACAAACGACAGAGACAUGGGCCUUGGUUUGGAGGCAGUCUCCUGGGGCAGACGCCUGAGUUCAGAAGUUACUGCCACACGAAGGCUGAAUACGACGAGAUAGGCCCGAGCAUCGUCAGGAGGUUUGCUUUGCUGGGAGGCCCCGGAAGUACGUAG